ACACACUGCGAAUAACCAGAUCGCACACGGGUUUGGUAGGGUCGACCUUAUUCUUACCUAAGCAGGUUGUCAGAUGGAUGCCAGAGACAAGCAACUUCUACGCUCCCUGCGUCUGGAGCUCUGCACAGAGGUGCUCGUGGAUGGACUUGUUAUUCAGUACCUCUACCAAGAGGGGAUUCUCACAGACAGUCAUGUUCAAGAAAUAAAAUCCCAAACCACCAGUCAAAGGAAAACCAUGAUGCUCCUUGAUAUUCUUCCUACUAGAGGACCCAAAGCAUUUGAUGUAUUCUUGGAUUCCUUGCAGGAGUUUCCAUGGGUUAAAGACAAGUUGAAAGCUAAGCGUAAGGAAAUGACAGUAGAAGAUCCUGCAGAUGUGACUGCAUUCGCACCAUGUAUUUUGAAGAGUUCACCAACAGAUCAGCAGAUUAGCAAGCUUGCGAGGAGACUGGGGCCCGAGUGGGAGCAUAUUGUUCUGUGCUUGGGUUUGUCACAUACAGACAUCUAUCGAUGUAAGGUCAAUCACCCUCACAAUGUGCAGUCGCAGAUCAUAGCUGCAUUUGUCCUGUGGAGACAGCGUUUUGGGAAAAAAGCAACAAUCGAAAGUCUGCAAGCCAGUCUGACGGCAGAAGAAGUGGAUCCUUCUGUGAUACAGUACAUGCUUGAGUGAAGCUGUGCUAUUGAUCGGGAGCGUUCAAGUGCUUUGCUAAACUAAAUCAAGUGGAUUCACUGAACUGUAUAUAAAAGAUCUGGGGCCUCAAACUGGUGAAAAUGGAGUUGAGAACUGUGGUUGUAUUAAUCUUUAUACAUUCCAGUUUUCUGUGGCAUCUUUUGACUUCAUGCCAGGUGAAUUUUUAGUAAGCAUUAAAAAAUGGAUCACACUUUCCUGUUUGCUUUUGUACUACUCCAAUGGGGAUAUAUAGUGAAAUUUAAAGUCUUUACAAGCAGGAAGCCCUGCAGUGAGUUCAGCAAGGUUUUACAUUUCAUUAUGGGAGCAACACUUGGUUUAACCUAUUUUCUGGACUAUGUAUGAGCCUUUUUUACUGCUGUUCACUGCUAGUCCCUGAUAUCCCAUAAGAAAUUAGAAUAAUCGUGGUUACUGAUUUAACAAUUUUACCACUUGUAUUGCAGUUGGCUAAUUUGACCUUUAUGAAAGUUUUAGCAUCAAACAUUUUCUUGCCAGGGUGUAGAUGGCUGCCACCUUAGCCUGCUGCUGAAACUGGGCCUAAGUGGAAGUAAUAGGAACUUUGCAUGUUGCUGAGGGUUUUUCUCCUCAUUAUGUAAUUGGCGUAGGUGUGUGCAAGGAGACCGGCACUGUGUGUAUAUGCCAUGUCUAGGCGUAGGAUGGGUAGGGAAUUCCCAGGACGGAUACACAAUUUGCAAUUGAGCAGAUGAUAGGCAGGAACUGGCAAACAGAGCAAGAUGGUGCCUAAAAUGUGAGACAAUUUCUAAGGCCUCCGUGUUUGUCUCACUUUGCCUCAGCUAAUAAACUGCAAGAAAACCUGGGAUCCCUUGAGGCUUUGUACUCCUGUGCUCUGGAUCCAGGUAAUCUUGUUUCCAGGAACAGUUUUACUCUUUGAUGUGGUGUCAUCAGUACCGAUCUCAGCCCGUGGCGUGCUGAGCAGUGUGCUGAGCUCGCAGAGCUUCUCUGUCCAAAGUGGCAGAGCAAUCCCUGCCGCUCUCCUUCCAGCUUGUACCAGCCCCCAUGUUCGUUUGCUUCCUACCAGUUUUUCUGCAUCUAAUGGGGGCAGCUUCGCAAUUCCUGUCCCCAGUUCUUUGCCAGCUGUAACUGUAGGAGUAGUAGUAAUGGUUAGAUUUUACCAUGGGCUUUUCUCCUCCUUCCCUCCUGCCAAAGACUUUUUCCUCCUGAUGGAAGAAACCACUAAGCUUUUUGAGAGCUGGUAAAGGGGUGUCAGUCCCCAGGGUAGGUGUCCCAGGGCAGGAAGUGACCAGCUGCUCUCUGGGACCUCAGGAUAAGAGGCAGAAUACAGUUUAGUUCUUUCUGGACAGUUCACACCACAGUAAAUGAGGAGCAAAGUUUGGAUGCAAGGUUUCCAGGUCAAGUUCCAGGAGAGCGUUUCAUCUACGGUCACUGCCAAAUAACUUCCUAUCCUCCAGGAUCUGCCCCAUCUGAUUUAAUAGCUUCACAACCUUGUCUGAUGUCUUUAUGGAGGCAAGAAUGAGCUUUACUGUCUCUUUUUAAAUUCUUCCUUUAGCCAGAUUUUCAGAAACAUCUGGGAAAUUAGGAAGGACAAAGAAAUUUUAAGGACACUCUGUCUGCCUUGUUUUUCAUGUUUUUUCAGAGGCAUGGUAACAGAGAAUAUAUCUGGGCAGGAUCAACUCCUACAGGCCCUGAAGCAGUCUGGUGGUAUUUUAUUUUUAGUCUUCUAUAAUACAGUUCUGACCUUCAGUAAAUCGUGAUCCUGUUAUACCUCACUCAAAUCUUAAUUGAUUAUAUCCUAUUAUGGCUACUUAGAGAGUUUAAGUCUAU